AUGUUGUUUCCACUCUUGUAUUCCCUCAUCUUCCUAUAUCCCCACCUUUCAUUAUCAUAUGAAAACCCUCGACAAUAUCUCUGCGGUGAUACCGACUACUACACCUCUAACUCAAGCUUCUCUGACAAUCUUGGCUGGGCACUCCAAGCUCUUCGCAAUACAACUGCUUCGACUGGUUUCUCCACCACUACCACAGGCAACCACAGGGUGCAAGUCACAGCCCUUGCCCUCUGUCGUGCUACCAUAGCCCCAUCAGACUGCCAACAAUGUGUGGAUGCAGCCUCAUCAGGUAUUCGCAGUGUUUGUCCCGACCAAACAGCGGCUCAAGUCUGGUAUACCCUCUGCUUCCUCCGUUAUUCAAGUGAUAACUUUGUAAACAUAACCGACGACCAAAUUGCCUUUAGGUUGUAUGAUGUCCGCAGAGCACCUGAUCCUGAUGUCUAUGAUGCAAAGGUUAAGAUGUUAAUGCAGAAUCUGUCGUCCACUGCUGGUGUAUCAGAGAAGAGAUAUGCAGUUGGAAGGACAGCAGUACCAGAAAACCAGACCCUCUAUGGCUAUGUUGAGUGCACCCGUGACAUUGAUGGUGAUAGUUGUAAGAGAUGCCUAUUGACGGCAAUAGCUUCUAUAGACUCUUGCUGUUUAGGGCAGUGGGCAGGUUGGAUUGCCACACCAACAUGCGAUCUACAGUUCAAUAUGGACCCUGUGCAUGCUGACUGGUUCAAUGCCCCUUAUAUUAAUACCAAUGUCAUUCAGACACCAGCACCGAGUUCACCAUUUAUUCUCGUUUCACCACCUGCUACAGAACCAGUGGUGGUUGCUGCAGAUAAGGGUGGUGGAGGUGGCGGUUUAGUUAUCAAAAUUUCCGCUAUUUUGGCAGUUGGAAUAGUUGUUUUGAUAGUAGUGGGGCUGUGUGUUGUUAUUCAGUGGAGGAAAAGAGACAAAGGGGUGAAGGGAAGCUCUGGAAUUGAGGCAAAAGACUGUGAGGAGAUCUUGAGCGAGGAUGUUGGGAUGGGAUCAUUCAUAUAUGAUUUGGGCGUUUUGGUUUCUGCCACUGAUGGUUUUUCUUUGGAAAAUCAGAUUGGUACUGGUGGAUUUGGCUCUGUUUAUAAGGGUAUACUGGCGAAUGGUGAAGAAAUAGCAGUGAAGAAGCUGGCACCUGGUUCUACACAUGGGAGCAAAGGGUUUUCAAAUGAAGUCAGACUGUUAUUGAAGCUACAACACAGAAAUCUGAUUCAACUGUUUGGAUGUUGUGUAGAAGGAGAGCAUAGGAUGUUGGUCUAUGAGUACCUGCAUAACAAGAGUCUGGACUACUUUCUCUUUGACAAGAGCAAGAGUUCAUUGCUAGACUGGCCAAAGCGUUACAACAUCAUUCUGGGUGUGGCCAGGGGACUCUUCUAUCUUCAUGAAGACUCACAAUAUAGAAUCAUACAUGGAGACAUCAAAGCAAGCAAUAUCCUACUCGACAAAGAGAUGAACCCAAAAAUAUCAGAUUUUGGUUUGGCCAAGCUAGUCGAAGAUGAACAAAGCCACCACCAAACUCGUUGUAUUGCAGGAACAUUUGGCUAUAUGGCUCCUGAAUAUGCACUCAGAGGCGUCAUGUCUGCCAAGAUGGACGUUUUCAGCUUUGGGGUGUUGACAUUGGAGAUCAUAAGUGGAAGAAAGAACUACGAUUUGCGAUUUGACGAGCAAAAUCCAGACCUCCUGAAACUUGCAAGGAGACUAGAAAAAGAAGGGAGGCUUACAGAGUUAGUAGACGAGACUAUUAGUUCUUUCCCUCGAGAUGUUGCCUUAAAAUGUAUUAGAAUUGGGUUAUUGUGCUGUCAAGAGUCCACACAAGAUCGGCCAACGAUGAGUUAUGUGGUGGAGGUACUCUCGGAUGAUUCUGUAACAAUUCCAAUCCCAGUAUGGCAUGGCUACCAGGAGGCUCUUGAACCAAACAACAGCAUCUACUACUCUGCAUGCUCUAUGAGCGAGUCCUUUUCUAUGAAUUCCAAAAUAAUUAGUAAUUUAGCAGACUAUAAGCUACAUUAAAUCCUUAUUUAAUUACUAUAUCUCCAAAUA